ACGAGGUCCAGUUAUCACCACACGAAGCGAGGAGGAGAAAAAUGUCCGCUUCCGCUGCCGCCGCCUCCCCUGCCCUGCGCUUCUCCUCCGCCACUCCCCCACUUGCUCCUCUCCACCGGCCGCUCCGCCGGCUUCUCGCGUCCGUCCGGUGCUCCCUCACCGCCGCCCCCGGUGUCCGGGCGCCGCCGGAGCUCGUCGACUCCAUCCUCUCCAAGGUGAAGGGAACUGACCGAGGAGUGUUGCUGCCUAAAGACGGGCAUCAGGAAGUGGCUGAUGUCGCGCUGCAGCUGGGGAAGUACUGCAUAGACGAGCCCGUCAAGUCCCCACUUAUAUUUGGAGAAUGGGAGGUUGUGUAUUGCUCGGUGCCAACGUCUCCAGGAGGGUUAUACCGGACACCUCUUGGCCGCCUGAUAUUCAAAACUGAUGAGAUGAUCCAGGUAGUGGAAGCCCCUGAUGUCGUCAGGAACAAGGUGUCAUUCUCCGUCUUUGGUCUCGAGGGUGCAGUAUCGUUGAAAGGUAAGCUGAAUGUAUUGGACAGUAAGUGGAUUCAGGUCAUCUUUGAGGCCCCAGAAUUGAAGGUAGGCUCCUUGGGGUUCCAAUAUGGUGGGGAGAGCGAGGUCAAGCUGGAGAUCACUUAUGUCGACGAGAAGAUCAGGCUAGGGAAAGGGUCCAGAGGCUCGCUUUUCGUGUUCCUCAGACGAGGAUAGAACGACAUGUGUGCACUGGGGUGUGCUCGAGACCACAAGCACAAGGGAUGGCACUGUUGUGGUCGUCUGUACAAUAUUGUAUUCAGGAUUUCACAUGUAAAGUUCAGAAGCCAAUUUGGGUAGAAGUUUUCCUGCAUAUUGUAACCUAAAGAACGUUGUCUGGCUCUUUUUGGACGACAAGUGGGCAAUCGACGAUGCAUGUAGCAUUCAUUAGUGUUGUAAGAUGAUGUUUUGUCAACUAAGUGAUUUAUUUGGAA